UUGUAAACACAAACUUUUGCAACGCGAACUGUAUAGAUACAGUUUUAUUUUGGAGAUUUAAAAACUUGCACUGUUGGAUUACAGACUAUAAAUUGCGCACAUCUUGUAUUGUUUAUAGCUAACUGUGAACCACCUCGGAGGAGAAACAAAAGUGUAAAGUAGAUCAAAGUAAAUGGAUUGGCUGCGGUUGACUCCAAUUCAAUCACUGUACAAAGAAAGAGAAGAGACCGUCCGAGCUGCGGCGCGUGUCGCAUUCAUUCAGCAGCGUUCAGCGCCAGCGCUUGUGUUGCGUGAAUUACGCACAAGAGGAGAGUGGACGUGAAUAUUCAGCAGUGGACCCAGAGCUCAGUGCGUAAUACGGAGACGCCGGGAACCCCCACAGUCUACGAGGAAAGACAUGGAAGUUUGCAAAGGACGUCUGCUGGGCAUUUCGGUGGCCGUUGCGCAUGGAUUUUUUUCGGGAUCGCUGAAUAUUUUGUUAAAAUUCCUCAUCACGACCUAUAGCUUCACGUAUCUGACUUUAAUUCAGUGUCUGACCAGCGGCACUGCGGCUCUCACAUUAGAGGUGCAGAGACUGGGCAAAAUAGAUAUACCUCCCUUCAGCCUCCAGUUAGUCAAAGUUUUUGCGAGUGUAUGUAUUUUGGCAACUUUGCAGUCCACAUUAACCCUCUGGUCUCUCAGGGGACUGAGUUUGCCCAUGUAUGUUGUGUUCAAGCGAUGCUUGCCCUUGGUAACGUUGGGGAUUGGAGUGUGUGUGCUGAAGAAUGGGAUCCCAUCAGCUGGGGUAAUUACAGCAGUUCUCAUCACCACUGGAGGAGCAGCACUGGCUGGUGCUGGAGAUCUAACAGGUGACCCUUUCGGCUACGUGACUGGCAUUUUAGCUGUGAUCGUCCACGCCUCCUACUUGGUGCUCAUCCAAAAAGCAAGUGCAGACAGCGAUUAUGGGCCGCUCACGGCCCAGUACACCAUUGCAGUGGUGGCGUCUCCUAUUCUCUUCAUCUGUUCCAUUGUAAGUAUGGACGCCAUUGACAUGUGGACAUAUGAAGGUUGGAAGAACCCGUAUAUCACGGGCAUCUUCUGUACCUGCAUCCUCAUCGGCUGUGCGAUGAACUUCACCACACUGCACUGUACCUAUAUCAACUCGGCCGUCACCACCAGCUUUGUGGGGGUGGUCAAGAGUAUAGCUACUAUUACUGUAGGCAUGCUGGCCUUUAGUGACGUGAUGCCAACCAAACUGUUCGUGGCAGGCGUGGUGGUUAACACCGUCGGCUCCAUCACCUACUGUGUGGUGAAGUAUUACGAAACCAAAAAGAAGUUAACCUACCAGGAUAUGGACGGGUCCGCUAAGGAUGAAGAACUUCCAGGAGAGCCUUAUGUGGAACCAGCCAAGCCUGAUGGAGAUACGGAAACUCUUCCGAAUGAUCUGGAAAACGUUCCCAAUGGCAGCCUGACUGCGUCAGUUGACGAAGGUCCCAUUCGCGAGAAUAAAGUGGCAGAGUCCAUAGAAUUAGAAAGACCAGGGAUCCCAACAGAUGAUCCUACGAGACAAUCUCUGAGCGAUAGUUACGUAGGGGUCUGGAGAUCCAUUCGCACCUUAAAUUUCUUUAAGAAAGACACUUUACUUGACAACAUGGAGGUUCAAAGUCCUUGACGAUUGGGUUACCGAUAGACAGAAGUGCAUGUUAAGUAUUGUUGAACUGAUGGUGUGAACAAUGUUUGCCUUUUCUCUCCCGAACAUGAUUUUAUGAAAAACAUUUAUUUUUUAUAAAAAGGUAUAGUCUGUUUGUACAUUAGAGGGAGUAUAUGAUGUUAAGGAACACCCAAUAACAGAUGUGCCAAUUUAUUGACUUAAAAUAAAAGAUCCUUUUAUUUUAGGAUCAGUUUGAAAUGACUUUGAGGGGAAAAAACAAAUAUUUUAAUAGAGCUUUCAAAAAUGACAAUUCAGCCAUGAUUUACUUCAUAUUUUCAUAUCGUUUUAAACCUGUGUGACUUUCUCUGUUCUGUGGAGCAUAAAAGAUUAUAUUUUGAAGAAUGUUGGGAACCAAACAGUUUCAGGUCCCAUUGACUUCCAUUAUAUAGACAACAAAUGGAAGUCAAACAUAAUAAGAGAAAGUCAUACAGGUUUGGAACAACAUGAGGGUAAACAAUGACAGAAUUUAAAUUUUUGGGUGGACCAUCCCUUUAAACUAAGUGGAUUGUUUCUAUUUUGAAUGAUUAUUUAUGUUUCUAUGCACGCAGUGUCUGUGCUUGUAUAUUUUCUGUGUUUUGUCUACGAAUGCAAGUCUUGAAUAGGAGGUAUUGAUUUUCCCAUUUGCAUGUAGUAUGCAGAAUUAAUUUAAAUUUAUUUUACGUCAAAAUUCUGAUCUUUGUGUAUUAUCUGCUUUAGCUUGAGGAAAGUGUGCAAUCAGUGAUUCACAAUUGGUGCAUCACGACGAAGAAAUAAGUUGCAAGUCUGUUCGGACAAUGGGGGAAAACAGUAUUUUAUCCAAAUAAUAAAAUGCAACUAACCAUAUAACAACCAUAUAAUCAUGCAAAGGUAAAAGCAGAAAAUAUUUAAACCAAGUCUUAAAAAAGAAGAAAAAAAUGCUUCCUGUCCGCCUUUUUCUUCAACACGGAAGUAAGCUUAUGGGCGAGACUUCCGGUUCAUUGUCCACUAUAGGGAAAUAACGAGAAGAAUAACAAAGUGCAGUAAAUUGUCAAAGUGUUUGCACUACAAAGUGUGUUCAUAUUAUAAUAUGUUAAUUUGCAAUAUCAAUUAGCUAAAAAUAGCUGGACGCGGAUGAGACAGGAAGCUAAACCCAUAAAAUUUACAAAUGGCCGCACCCACUCAUGAAAAAAGGUGGUAUUUUGCCAAAUUAGACAGAUGUCAAAAAUUGACAGGUUAUGCCACAUGCACUCGUUCUCAUAAACCAACUUUUGCAAGGUUGAAGAAAAUAGAACCUUGACUAUUUUAAAAACAAAUUCACUUGCAACAAGGAUAAGUGGUUUGAGCCUCCAUAAUGUGUUUUGUGUUGUGGAAUAUUGUCUGUUGAGAGCAUGAAAUCGAGAGACACGAAAAAGACUUUUGGGGAUCUGAUCACAUCAGAACAAAUAAUCAAAGUAUAGUGUAGUGUUUGGUUUUGUUUACUUUUACUUACACUUCAGUUUUAAAAAUCUGAGUACUCACACGGUUCAGAACCCCUGCAUUAAAUUAACUCUUUCCCUGCCGAACACAGAAUUUUUCGUUAUUUAUGAGACGUUUCCGGCCAAACACGGAAUUUUCCGGGACAUUAAUUAAAAUAAAGAAAGCUUGAAGCUAGAAUAAAACUUUUUGUUUUGUUUUAUUUAUAAGUAGAGGCUCUGCUUAUUUCGAUGUAUUGCAUGUUCAGAUAUUCAUACUGGAGGCCAUUAAAUUUUAGUGAAUAUGAACAAAAAUGCGGUGGCUGGAAAUUUUUUUUUUCAAAAAUGCUGGCAAGGAAGGAGUUAAAGUCAGUAUCUAUUGAGCUUGUGUUAGUGACUUCACCAAAUGCAAUGUUUGAUGCAUUUGAGUGCAUUCCUACCAGCAAAUGCAGACCACCACUAACACCAGUUCUUUAGGGAUUGUUAGACUACUGAAAAUGCAAAACAUAAAGAAAGGUAUUUCUAAUACUGCAAAAAUUAGAGUACAUCAGUUGCUUUCACACAAGCCAUUUAAGAUGUAAAUGAGUUUAUUUCGUUACAUCACUUGUUCACCAGUGGAUCCUCUGCAGUGAAUGGGUGCCGUCAGAAUGAGAGUCCAAACAGCUGAUAAAAACAUCACAAUAAUCCACAAGUAAUACACACCACUCCAGUUCAUGUUUGUAAAAUGUCUACAUCUUGGAUGUCCUGAGAAUAAAAUUUAAGCAAUUUUUGAUUUCAGGGUGAACUGCUAAUUUAAUGGCAGAAUAAUGCAUCCAAAUGUGCCUUUUACAACCUAAUUUAUUGGUUUGUUUGUAGCAUUUAUUAUUCCCAGUCAGAAAAGUAUCUCUUUAAUGAAUAAAUGUAAACCAGAAUUGAAUGAACUCAACUUUAGAGCUCUAUUGUUACAUUAAACCACUGAGCAACAUUUUUUACCAUAUAGGAUAUAUUCAUGUACACUCCCCAUGGCUUUCUUCCAUUUAAAAUCAUCUUUGCCUGACAAUGAUCAAGU